AUGUCCUGCUCGGAUAUCCGAGCAGAAGAUGUGACCGGGAUCAAGCCUGGCACGCGCGCGGCCCCGACGAUGAAGAAACGGGUCGUCUUCAAGGGCGGGCGGGGGAACAAGCGGACUUUCGCCGAGCGUCUGGCCGAGCUCGCCAAGGGCGUCAAGAGGAGCAGCGCGUCCAAGCAGCAGAAAGAAGCCCUGGCAAUCCUCAAGGUCCGCAUCAAACCCGUUCGAAAGGAGAAGGCGCUGCUCGGCGCCUUUCGGGAGCUCUUGCGCAGCCGCGCCGCGGACCCGGGGGCAACGCUGCUUGCCGAAUACGCGGCGUCGGUAACAGGCAUCAAGCUGCGAACCCCGGUGCUCAUGGGGAUGACGAAUCCCGCGUGGCUUGCGCGUCGGGGCGGCGGGCCGGAGAAGCCGUUCGCCCUCGAGGAUGCCCAGAAGAUGACCUUCUUGCACCGGGUCACCAAGGAGAAAGUGAAGGGUCUGGUCAGGCAGUGCCCUCUUCUCCAGGAGGCCAAGCGCUUCUUGCGGGCCGUGUCCGGCUUGGGCCUGCCCACGUGGGUGAAAAUGGGCGUGGUCAGCGUCGGGUUCGCUGUUCGGUGCGCGCCUUGGUUGAGGCACGCCGCGGCGUUCCUCAAGAAGGAGGGUUGCGACAUCUUCGAGCUGGUGUGCACCUUCAGGGAUGGCCAACACCUCUCCGGCAUGGCGCUGGAAUUUACACCCUCCCGGUUCGUCCCGCGCAGGCUCUUGCCCAGUGGCAAGUCGCAGCGGCCCACGACGGACGUCAACAAGGUCACCGGCUCGACGGCGUUCGGGUGUCUCGCGGCUUUCCGCCAUGAGUCGCCCGCGCCGCCGCUGGCGGAGGACCAGGACGGCGAGGGCGAGAGCAGUCUCAAGUCGAGCGCGAACUCGAACGGUUACCUCAAGCUCUGCGCCGCCCUGGGCAAGAAGCACGCGUUCGAGAGCCUGCGCGCCGCUUUCCAGGAGCACCUUCUGGCCCUUGACGUGCCGGAGGCGGCGCGUCCGGAGCUGACAGCUUUGGCAGAGAAGGUGCAGAGCGGGGACACCGCGGGGAACACAUGCAAAGUGAUUAGCAUGUGCCAGACGCUGGCGUUCGGGAAGGCCACAAACGAGGCAGCCCACAAGAUCGAGGUCAUGCCUUCGGAGGCGGCCGAGGCAGUGAAAAGCCAGGUCGGCUUCUACGGCUGA